GUUCUCUUGAUAAACUAGUCAGUUCAGGGAAACCGUGAGAGAUUUUGGGGUUGGUUUGACAGAGGCACAGGAAAUACACUGAAGACAUAAAAAGGAACUAACAACAGGAGCUAUCAGGAGCUAUCAUUCACACUGUUGGCGCACUUCAUUUGCAGGGACUUUGACCUGGAGUUUGAGUUCAAACGCAAAGAAGAAUCAGGUUGAACCUCCAUGAGUGAGAAGAGAGAGGACAGGCAGAGACCACAGACAAAAUGUACAAACAUUAUGGGAUAGCCUGCCUCUUGUCUCUAUAUAUGAUGUCUUUGGUAUCACCUUGUGAUGGAGGGAACAUCCUGAUAUUUCCGGUGGAUGGCAGUCACUGGAUCAACAUGAAGGUGCUGAUGGAGGAGCUUCACUCUCGCGGACACAAGAUGACUGUGAUACGAGCCUCCAACAGCUGGUACAUCGCCGAGCAGUCCCCUCUCUACACCACUAUCAACCUCGAGAUGGAGAAUUCCUUCGAGGACUUUUUUGACAUCUUUCUUAAGGAGCAAAUUAAGGCGCAGAGAGAGGGGGCCUCAGCCCUCACGUUUCUCAAACUCACCAAAGAUUUUCUGCACAUGAUCAGCCAGGCUCAUGCCAUCUGGUGUAAAGCCGUGGAAAGUAUACUGGAAGAUGAUAAAAUGGUCAAGAGUUUAUUGGACGCAAAAUAUGACUUGAUGCUCACGGAUCCUGCUGUAGCACCAGGAGUGGUACUGGCAAAGUAUUUAAAACUGCCCAUAGUUUUAAAUGUUCGCUGGGUAACAAGUGGUGAUGGACAGUUUCUGCUAGCUCCUUCCCCUCUGUCUUAUAUCCCAGUGCCGGGAUCAGGAUUCACAGACAAAAUGAGCUUCUUACAAAGAGUUCAAAAUGUACUUUAUUACAGUAUUGUACUCGUUCAACAGUAUGUUUUAGUUGGGCCAAGCUAUGAUGCCCUCUGCAAGAAGCAUAUUGAGGGUGGAUGUGAUAUCAUCUCACUUCUGCAGGAUGCAGAUAUUUGGCUCUUCAGAUCAGAUUUUGUGUUUGACUUUCCUCGACCAACAAUGCCUAAUGUCAUCUACAUGGGAGGGUUUCAGUGCAAACAGAGCCAGCCUCUGUCUGCAGAGCUGGAGGACUUUAUGCAGAGCGCUGGAGAACAUGGAGUUAUUGUUAUGACUCUGGGCACUUUAGUUCAUGCUUUUCCCACUGAUUUGGCUGAUGAAAUAGCCAGUGUUUUUGCUAAACUGCCUCAAAAGGUGAUCUGGAGGCACUUGGGUGCACGACCCUCUACACUGGGCAACAACACUCUGUUAGUGGACUGGAUGCCUCAGAAGGACCUGCUGGGACACCCUCAGACCAAAGUCUUCGUGGCCCAUGGUGGGACCAACGGCGUCCAGGAGGCCAUCUACCACGGUGUCCCGGUGCUGGGUAUCCCACUGUUCUUUGACCAGUUUGAUAACCUGCUUCGUCUGCAGGACAGGGGCGCAGGAACAAUCAUAAGACUCAGUGAGCUGAAUGGAGACACUUUUGAGAAGGGCCUGAAGGAGCUGCUCCACCAAGAGCACUACAGGGACAACAUGCAGAGACUGUCCCGUCUGCACAGGGACCAGCCCCUGUCCUCCAUGGACCAGGCUGUGUUUUGGGUGGAGUACGUGAUUCGCCAUAAAGGGGCUCCUCACCUGCGUACACAGGCCUAUCAGAUGCCCUGGUACUCCUUCUACAGUGUGGACGUGCUGCUGCUGCUACUGUCUGCUGUCACUGGGACAGUGCUGUGUGUGGUGGCUCUGUUCAGACUCCUGUGCUGUAGGAACAGAACUAAGAUCAAAGACAAGAUGCAUUGAUCAGAGUUCACAUUUUUCACUUGAGCCAUUCAAAGCAAUUGCAUUUCUGGCUUCUUUUUUGAAGCAAAUUUAAUAGGUAAAACCAAAUGUAUGUUUAUGCAAGAAAUAAAUGUUCUAUCAGAGAUCUAUUUUCAAU